CUCCAGCCAAUCAAAGUCAAAGAGUUCAUAAACAUGAAACAAAAUUUUCAGAACCAACCUCAAGAUACUGGACCAGGUCCUUACCAAGUUGGCCCACCUAAGUGUGAUCCAAUGCAACAUGGUCAGACUCAGCCAUACCCUCCAAUUGUACCUCCUCAAGGGGAAACUAAAUCUAAAACUGUACCUCCUUCAAUGAAAACUAAGUUUAGAGGUGAUGGGUUUUGCAGAGGAUUUUGUGCUGGCUUGUGUUGCUACUGCUGCCUAGAUAUCUGCUUCUAGGGAUGGAGGGACCUUGGGAACGGCACUAUGCCUCUGCACUGAUAGUUUCUCUGACACAAGUUAUCUUCUAGGUUCCCAUAAACAUGCAGUAUGUUUCUCUGUAAACUACAGUUACCAUCUGAUUUCAGGUUCUGUAUGUGAAAUUUUCUAUUCCCUAUGUUGUUUUGUAUAAUAUCCUAGUCAGAGUAAGAGAGAUGAACUAAUCCUAAAGAAGAUCACAGGUUUUUUUAAUCAGAAGUAGCUAGUUCCACAAUACUGAAUAAAAUUUCACCUAGUAAGAGUUCAGUUCU